CAGCAGCAUCCCUCCGUCUGUCUGUGCAAGUUACAAAGCUAUCUUUUUAUUUUGGGUUUGCUGACGUUUGUGGUGGGCACCCUGAGAAACAACAUGAAGGAUACUUGUUAAUGCAUGGGGAACUUCUGUCAGCCUAAACAAAACCUGUUUCUAAAACCUGUUUCUCAGGAGUUCUUCCCCAGCCCUAAUUUUUUUUCUAUACUUUCUUUUUCAAUCCUUAAAGAUGUGGACCUUCCUGGGAAUAGCCAGUUUAACGUACCUUUACAAAAAAUUCAACACUGUGUUUUCUUACGCUCACAAAGAGCUUGUGAUGGCUGCAGCUUUGUUUCUGGCAGUGGGGCUGCUGCUGGCGUAUGUCAGGUAUUUCCACAGCCACAAACUCAGGGUCUCUCAGGUGUUGCAUUUUCCUCUGAGACUGCUGUCUUGUGUUCCUGUUCUGAACAAUGUAGUCCCUCAAACUUCAACACAAAGGAGCGAAAACGCAGAAAACAACUUAAAAAAGAGCCGCAGAACAAGGAAAAGAGUAGAAGCAGAAGAGUCAUCUGCCUCACAGAGUGCCUCAGACAGUGGUUCCUCAGAGGCCCUGGAGCCAGAUUUGGUGAUAGUGGGUGCAGGGGUCCUGGGCUCAGCGAUGGCCGCUGUCUUAGCCAAGGAUGGACGGAGGGUGACGCUGGUGGAGAGGGACCUGAAGGAGCCGGACAGGAUAGUGGGGGAGCUGCUGCAGCCCGGAGGUUUCAGGGCCCUCAAAGAGCUGGGCCUCGAGGGUUCGGUGGAGGGUCUGGAUGCCCAUCAGGUGAACGGCUAUGUGAUCCACGACAUGGAGAGCAGCACAGAGGUGGAGAUACCCUACCCUCAAGGGAAGGACAGCAUCCACUGCGGACGAGCUUUCCAUCACGGUCGCUUCAUCAUGGGCCUGAGGAGGAGCGCCAUGGCCCAGCCAAAUGUCACAAUGCUAGAAGGCACCGUGACCACUCUGCUGGAAGAGGACGGCUGUGUAACCGGAGUCCAGUUCAAAGAUAAAGAAACCGGAGACAUCAAGGAAAUCCACGCAGCGCUGACUGUGGUGGCCGAUGGCUGCUUCUCCAAAUUCAGAAAGAGUCUGGUCUCUGGGAAAGCUCAAACCUCCUCUCACUUUGUGGGAUGUCUUAUGAAGGACUGUCCCCAGUUUAAAGCCCACCAUGCUGAGCUGGUGCUGGCCAACCCGAGCCCGGUGCUCGUCUACCAGAUCUCCUCCUCUCACACCAGAGUGCUGGUGGACAUCAGGGGGGAGAUGCCUCGCAAUCUCUCAGAGUACAUGGCAGAGAACAUAUACCCUCAGCUGCCAGAGCAUCUAAAGGAGCCCUUCAUGGUGGCACUACAGAACGACCGCCUCAGGUCCAUGCCUGCCAGCUUCCUGCCUCCCUCUCCUGUCAACAAGCCAGGCGUUCUUCUCCUGGGCGACGCUUACAACAUGAGGCACCCUCUGACGGGGGGAGGGAUGAGCGUUGCUCUUAACGACGUUGGCAUCUGGAGGAGUCUGCUCAGCAACAUCCCCGAUCUGUAUGACGACAAGGCAAUGCUGCAGGCAAAGAAAACAUUCCACUGGAAACGCAAGUCAUCACAUUCUUUCGUGGUGAAUGUGUUGGCCCAGGCCCUGUACGAGUUGUUUGCAGCCACAAACGAGUCUCUUCAUGAGCUGAGAAAAGCCUGCUUCCAGUACUUCAAGCUGGGAGGAGAGUGCAUUAACGGGCCUAUCGGACUCCUUUCAGUGUUGACACCUAAACCCAUGAACCUUAUUGGACACUUCUUCGCCGUGGCACUGUACGCAAUCUACUUCAACUUCAAGACAGAGCCGUGGAGCACCAAACCUCGAGCUAUAUUCAAGAGCGGAGCCAUCCUGUACCGAGCCUGCCUCGUCAUGUUUCCGCUCAUCUACUCUGAAUUCAAGUACCUGGUGUACUGAGGAGCAUCUGGAGACAGAGAGUCCAAACUCAGUCUUCUCAGAAAUGGCUGACAAAAGGGAUUUUUGUUGUAUUAAACUGUGCUUUUACUAUUCAGGAUUUUCUACCAUAUGCCCUUGCCUUACUGGAGAUGUCAUCGCCUCAAUGUCCUGCUUAAUGCUUUGUUUCAGUUUGGACAUAUUGUUCAACAUUGCCUCAGUGUAGGCCUGUUGGAGCCCACCCACAGUUUGCACUAUAUGCUGCAAAUGACAAUACAGUGUGUUAUCUCACAGCCUGAAUUACACUGCAUAUUUAACACUGUGGGAUUAUUCUGCAACAGAACCACUAUGUUAAACACGGCGUCUGAAUUGCAUAUUGAUUUUGCAAUAGAGCCACUUUUCCUGCUGAGCUAAUUAGGGCCGCACUUUAUAUAUGAAUCCUUGUGUAAUGGUGAUCAUUUAUAACAAGAAUGCAUCAUUAAAGAUCAGAAGCACUUAUUAUAAAACAGGCUUUCUGAAUGAUCUUAUUCAAGUUAAUACAAAGUUUGUUUUCAGCCUUGUUUUGUUGAUGAAAAUAUAUGUUAUAUAUUUGUUCAAAUCACACAUGUGAUAAUCACUUCCUGCCUUCCUGAUGCUGUUGCUUUUUACAUAAGGGACUUUUCCUAACCCAUUUCGGGUCCCAAACUAAAAUAUGCCGACAGUGCAGCUGGCGAAACCAUAAUCCCAGAACUCGAGAAUGAUCCCGGCACUAUUUUACUCUCGCUGGAUGUCAGUUAAGUGCUGACGCAGCGUGCCUGGGGGGGAAGUUUGAAUUUGACGAGGACCUGGGAUGAAAGGAACGUUGCUCACAUCAGGACCGAGUCAGCGGAUGAUGCUCAGGAGACGUUCAUCCUGAGCUGACAGACUCCUGACAGAUCAACACCUGCACUGUUGUGUUUACCUGUGCCUGUGUUGGGCUUGGUGGGCCGUGAAAUAAAACAUCUCUGAUAGACAA